AUGGUAAAUGAAACAACCAUCACAGAAUUCUUCCUUUUGGGAUUUUCUGAUCUCCCAGAGCUCCAGAUUUUAUACUUUGUGAUAUUUCUUUCCAUUUACUCAGCAGCUUUGGUGGGGAACUUCCUUCUGAUCCUGACUGUAGUCCAGAAUCCAUCCCUUCAUAGUCCCAUGUAUUUCUUCCUUGUCAACCUUUCAUUAUCAGAUGCUUGUUAUAUCUCUGCCACUGUACCCAAAUCCAUGGCAAUUUCAUGGACAAACAGCAAACUGAUUUCUUUCUCUGGAUGUGUCAUGCAAGUGUUCUUAGUGGUAACAGGUGCAGGUACUGAGCUGACCUUUCUCAUUGCCAUGGCUUAUGACCGCUACGUAGCAAUUUGUCAUCCUCUACAAUACACAGUCAUCAUGAACAGGAAUACCUGCGUCCAAAUGGCAGCAGCUUCUUGGAUUAGCAGCCUAAUCAAUGCAGUUAUACACACUGCAAACACAUUCAAGUUGCAUUUUUGCAGGUCUAAGAUUAAGCAAUUUUUCUGUGAUAUUCCCCAAUUAUUAAUGAUUUCUUGCAGUGAUAUAACAGCCAGUGUGGUAGUGCUUCUUUCUGAAACAAUUGUUGUUGGCUCAUUUUGCUUUUGUUGUAUAAUAACUUCUUAUGGGUUCAUUUUGUCUAACGUGCUGAAAAUUAAGUCAGCCCAGGCCAGAUCCAAAGCCUUUUCCACCUGCAUUCCACACUUGACUGUGUUUUGCUUGUUUCUCUCUACUGCUAUGUUUUCUUACAUGAGACCAAAAUCCAUGUCUUCUGGAUCAAUGGACCUGAUGGCUGCUGUAUUGUACACUAUUUUGCCACCGCUCCUGAAUCCCAUUAUUUAUAGUCUGAGAAACAAAGAGAUCCGAGUGGCCAUGCAGAAAAUGUCCAAGAAGCUGUUUGGAUUUUGCCUGAUGAUAUGA